CAGUGCUGCCUUUGAAACGCUGCUGGAAACUCCAUUUUUCUUUUUCUUUUUUUGUUUCCCGGCAUGCUUUGAGAGCGCACAGAGGACGCCGAGGACUCGGAUCUUAACGGAGUUUACCUGCCCACGACCUCCAGCGGCUGAAAGAUGUCUGACACCGUCCAGGAGAAGAUCAAGAACUACAGGACGGCUCCGUUUGAUGCCCGCUUCCCCAACACCAACCAGACCCGCAACUGUUUCCAGAACUAUCUGGGUAAAUCAGACGUCUGCUGCACACAAUAUCAAUGCACGCUGAUACUUCCACAGAUGCAACAAGGUUCUGUCAGCCAAAGACCAGGACACAGCUGCCUGCGAGUGGUACCGCAGGGUCUACAAGAGCCUCUGCCCCAUCGGUUGGGUUCAGAAAUGGGAUGAUCAGUUAGAGGCAGGAAACUUCCCCGGGAAGAUUUAAACCAGCUUCAUCCACUUUCUCAACUUAAAAUGUUAAAGUGAAAUAUUCUGAUAUUUCUGUACUAAAAUCUCAUAAUAAAUUCAUGUUACUACGAA